AUGAAAAAAAGGAAGAAAGAGCCUAGAUUGGAAAUAAGAACUGGAUAUGAAGCCCGAAUGGAUGUUAAAUUUGUACCUGAAACUCGAAGGUGGCAUAUCUUUUAUUUCUCUAACGAACACAACUAUGAUCUAUUGGAUACACAAUUCAGUGCUAUGUUGCCUGCCCACAGAAAAAUUUCAGAGGCAGAUAUUAUGCAAAUGAUGAACAUGCUAAAGUCCGGGAUUAGCACUUCACAGAUAUUUGGUCUUCCAGCUAGUCAAGCAGGCGGGUAUAAAUUUGUCGGCUAUGGUCCCAGAGAUAUGUACAAUGAAAUUGCUCGGCAAAGGCGUCAAGUUCCUGGUGAUGCAGCACAGGUGUUGAAGAAGUUGGAGGAUAUGCAGUUGAAGGAUCCACAAUUAUAUUUCAAUGCAUGUUAUGAUUCAAGAGAUUUGUUACGUAACUUGUUCUGGUCUGAUGGGAUUAGCCAACUAGACUACCAACUCUUUGGGGACGUUAUUGCUUUUGAUGCUACGUAUAAAAAGAACAAGUAUAGUUGUCCAUUAGUCAUAUUCAGCGAGGUUAACCACCACAACCAAACAAUUGUUUUUGCUGCUGCCCUAAUUGUGGACGAAACUACUGAUACAUAUAUUUGGCUCCUUCGUCAGCUCAUGUUUGUAAUGAAGGGUAAGACCCCAACCUCAAUAAUAAUUUAUGGGGCCAUGGCGAUUAGUAAUGCGAUAAGAGAUGUAUUUCCCGAAGUCAGACAUAGAUUAUGCACUUGGUACCUUAUUCGAAAUGCGACUAGCAAUGUUGGAAAUCCAUCGUUUACAUCUAAAUUCAGGAAAAUCAUGUUGGGAGACUACGAGAUUCCCGUGUUUAAGCGUAAGUUUUUUGCUGGCUUUAGAACUACCUCAAGAUGUGAAGGUCUACACUCAGUUGUGGUAAGGUAUGUGGGGUCGCGGUAUGAUUUGACAAGUUUUGUAGAGCAUUUUCAAAGGUGUGUUGCACACUUGCGCUUUAAAGAAUUUAAUGCUAAUUAUGAAUCUACACCUGGGGUGCCCGUCAUGCAGACCUGUAUAGAGCUGCUAGAGAGAUUUGCUGCUGAGGCAUACACUCAUGAGACAUUUCUAUUGUUUCGGCCAUUUCUUUCUAGAGCUGGAUCAAUGCAGGCAACCAAAUUGAACAACAUUAAAUCAUGCAGGGGGACAUUAUUGUGGAUGGUUCCUGAGGCUGUGAAAAGAAAGAACCAAGGUUAUGGGCUUCUAGCUGAUAUGUGGAGUUUGGAAUGCACUGUACUGAAAAUGUUAACAGGCAAACUUCCAUAUUUAGAGUUUGAAAGUAUGCAGGCAUUAUAUAGAAUUGGAAAAGAUGAGUGUCCUUCUAUGCCUGAUUCUCUUUCAAUGGGUGCCAGAAAAAGGCUUAUGCUUCGGUGGGGUUUUUAUGUGAUUGCUAAUAUUCAUCAUGGCUAUUUUCUAAUGCAACAUGUAUGCUUCUGCCUCAAUAUUCAUGGUGAUGAGGAGGAGGAUCAAAAGCAUGAUGAUAUUGAUUCCAUGGAUGAAGAUGAUGAAGCUACUCAAGAAGAUUCUGUUGAAUGGUAG